UUAGAACGCAUUAACAUGUGUCAAAUAUAGCUGCCAUCCAUAGUUGGAAGAAGGGUUUUUAAUUUAACAAUUAAAGUUUUUCUGUGAUUUAAAAUAAUAUCUAAUAAAUAUCUUUUGUUGUCAACUUGUAUAAAAUUUAAAUAAAACAUGACAGAGCAACAGAUGGAUUGUGCGUUAGACUUAAUGCGCCGGCUGCCACCCCAACAAAUCGAGAAAAAUCUAACUGAUUUAAUUGACCUAGUCCCAAGUCUUUGCGAAGACUUGUUGUCGUCUGUAGACCAACCCUUGAAGAUUGCUCAAGAUCGAAGCAACGGGAAAGAUUAUCUUCUUUGUGAUUACAACCGUGAUGGAGACUCGUAUCGUUCACCAUGGUCAAACACAUAUGAUCCACCUCUUGAAGAUGGCUCAAUGCCUUCAGAACGAUUGAGGAAACUGGAAAUUGAUGCUAAUCACGCAUUUGAUCAAUAUCGUGAGAUGUAUUUUGAGGGCGGAGUUAGCUCUGUUUAUUUAUGGGACAUGGAUCAUGGUUUUGCAGGUGUGAUACUUAUAAAGAAAGCUGGUGACGGCUCCCAAAAAAUUAAAGGUUGCUGGGACUCAAUUCAUGUUGUGGAAGUAGUGGAGAAGAGUUCAGGCAGGAAUGCUCAUUAUAAGCUGACCUCAACGGCUAUGUUGUGGCUGCAGACUAAUAAGGAAGGCAGCGGUACUAUGAACCUAGGAGGAAGCUUGACCAGACAGGCUGAACAAGACUCUGCAGUGAGUGACGUCACUCCACACAUUGCCAACAUUGGCCGCAUGGUUGAGGACAUGGAGAACAAGAUCAGGAAUACUCUCAACGAUAUUUAUUUUGGUAAGACAAAAGACAUAGUGAAUGGCCUGAGGUCGGUGGUGCCUGCCGAUGUUGCUCGUAAGACGGCCGCGCUGCAGCACGACCUUGCUCUCGCGCUUCAGCGGCGCAACGUUGUACGCGCUGACUGAGCACCUCACAUUGCACAUAGAUGAGAUGGAGAUAUUAGAUGAGUAUUAGCAAGGAAAACAAAAAUAUUUGGGACGCCAAAGUAGCCUCAAUAAAGAAUGUGAGAAAUUUUUUAAGAAUUACUAAAGAUAAGAAAAGAAAUUUGUUUGAUGUUUAAUGCAUCAUAUGUGGUGCUUUUAAUUAAUAGUCUGUUUGAUUUGAAAAUAUUUUUUUUGAUUAUGUGAUGUAAGAAAAAUGAAUAUGAAUCUGUAUUUCAGUUUAUUAACUAUAAUAAAUCACAGUUUUAUUUGUCUUUGAUAUUUUCCAUCUCAUGUUUUGCAAUUGCAUUUUAUUGCUUAGUAUUUUUUUUCUAUUUUUAAGAAUACUGUAUUUUUAAUUAAGGUAUAUCUAAUAAGAGAUUCAGUAUAACGAUAAUCGCUGAAACUAAUUUUUAAAACUAUAAUUUGCCAGUUUUUAUUGUUACUAAAUGUUUACUGCUAACAAAAGGAGGAAUUGUGUUUACCUCCGUUCACAAUAGCAUUAAAUUGGCCUCUCUAAAUAAAAGAUUUAUUUAUCUGA